GACUACUCUUCUCUCUCCGUUCACAAAUCUAAUCCGGCCUAUUCUACAAAAGAAAAAAUAUUUUUUUAAUCCGGUCAUCUUUUCACGUUUGCUUGGACGGUUGAACCUUCCUCCCGUCUCGCCCAUGGCCGCCGCCGCCGCCGCUGCCACGACGUCGUCGUGGCUUCUCUGGAGACCCUUCUCUUCCACUAUCCUCACACGGUGCACGAACCCCAGGCUCCUCCGUACCACCCUAUGCUUCUCCCACUCUGCCUCCGCCCCCGCCCUCGGCGCCGCCUCUUUACAGCCAACCUCGCCUCCUCCUCCGCCUACGACCUGCUCCAGCGCUGGAAGUGGCGGGAUGAGGUGGGAGUCUACGCGGAAGAAGAGGGUCGUGCUCCGCGUCGGCUACGUCGGCAGCGAAUACCGAGGUCUUCAGAAGCAGCGAGAUCUCAGCGGCGAUUCAACCAUUGAGUCAGUUUUGGAAUCUGCCAUCUUCAAGGCAGGGGGCAUUCUUGAGAGUAAUUAUGGAAAGUUGCAAAAAGUUGGUUGGGAACGGAGCAGCCGAACUGAUAAAGGGGUACAUUCACUGGCUACAAUGAUCUCACUUAAGAUGGAAAUCCCUGAUCGAGCAUGGGAGAAGGAUCCUGAUGGCAUUGCUCUUGCGAACUUUAUUAACUCGAAUUUACCAGAUAAUAUCAAAGUUUUCAGUAUCUUGCCUGCUCAAAGGAGUUUUGAUGUAAGGAGGGAAUGCUUGUACCGGGAGUACUUCUAUCUUCUGCCUGCUGAAAUUAUUGGAAUUAAAAGCAGUUGUAGCUCUGGAGAAGUGGAGGAGCACUUAAUUGAAUUCAAUAACAUACUGAAAGGUUUUGAGGGAAACCACCCAUUUCAUAAUUACACUGCUCGUGCCAAGUAUAGAAAAGUUCUAGCUGGAGCACACCGAAGGGCCAAAGAAACAAGCACAGCAGCGCAUUCCAUUCCCUCCGAAAUGGUUGCGGACCAAAGCACUUCCAGUGCAGAUGAUGAAUAUUUAAACUUUCCAUCAAUACUUGAUUCUAGUGCACGAGAAGACAAUUGUAAGAUGGAUAAUCCUGAACUGCCUCAGAGUCGUGUGCAAAUUCAAGCUAGAUGGCUCCAUGAGCCUAAUGACAAUGAUAGACUAAGUGCAUCACACUUCAGAGAUAUCCUCACCUGCUCAUGUGGAGAGUUGCAGAGUUCAUCAGGAGUUCAAUUUGUGGAACUGACGAUAUGUGGAGUAUCUUUUAUGCUACAUCAGAUCCGGAAAAUGGUUGGUACCGCGGUGGCAGUGAAGCGCGGAUUACUACCCAAGGAUAUUAUAAAACUUUCACUUGCAAAGUUUUCUCGCAUCGUUUUACCAAUCGCGCCCUCUGAAGUUCUGAUCCUUAGAGAUAACAGUUUCUGCACAAGGAACAAGCAAGGGAGUAUUGUUCGUCCUGGCAUGCAGUCAAUUAAUGAAUCUGAAGAAAUCAAGAAGGGUGUAAUGGAAUUCUACAAGGUGGCUCUUGUGCCCGAGCUAGCAAAAUUCCUGGAUGAAUCCCUGCCUCCGUGGCAAGAAUGGGUGGAGAACUUGGACCACUUCACCAGCAUACCAGAUUCUCAGUUGGAUGAAGUUAGGACAGCUUAUCGAGCAUGGAAAGACGAUUACGACCGGGUAAAAAUGGCUCGAAAGAAUACUGGAAGUGGCUAAUAUGUCUUUAUCAAGCUGAUCACAAAGAGGACGAGGAACUAAACCACAUACCCUGAAAGUAAUGUUUUUCUCAGAGAAGACAAUCCUCCGCAAAGGAGCCAUACUUUUUUGGUAGGCAAUGUUAGGGGUUGCCGUUUAUCUUCCCAAAGUCAACAGUGAGAGCCUGAAACAUUGAUUGAUCAGACUAGGAAAACCUGCAGACUGUAAGUGUUGAAUUUUUGCUUCAUUUUCAUCAAAUUUGCGAAAGUAUUGAUGCAAUAACGAAGAAUUAAAUGCCUGCUUUUAGUCC